AUGGCUUCCCUGCCUUACAAAAGUAUUACCGCUUCGCCUCCUUUUACGUUUCUUGUCGGCCCAGAGCAGAAGGAGCAUACGAUUCAUUCUGCUCUCGUCGCGCGUCAGUCAAAAGCUUUGAACGCACUCGUCAAUGGGCGAAUGAAAGAGGCCACAGAACGCCGUGCCAUAUGGGGAGAAAUAGAUGAGGAAACUUUUAUUCGGUUUAGCCAAUACGUAUACACAGGAAACUACGACGAAUCAGAGCCGAAGAAGCGACAGGCCGACACCCUCACGCCAAGUCAAGCCGAACAAAAUAGAGCUGUGUUCUCCGAAUGGAACGGACUGCGGCUGGGAGUAGGUGGUAGGGUGAUGAGACAGCAAGGGGGAGUUAAACCUCCACCCAUUUCGACCAAAAAAGACUUGUUGUGGAACAGAUUUCAGAAGCUCCAUCCGUUACCUUCGGCCCGCGCCGUUUCGUUGUCCACUAACGGACCAGAUGACGACUAUACAGAUGUAUUCCUCUGUCAUGCGCGAACAUAUGUCUUUGCGGACUAUUAUGGAAUAGAGGCUUUACAGACCAUGGCCCUCCACAAACUACGCCAGGCAUUGACUCGGUUCAAACUGCAUGCAAACGGCUGUGGCGAUGUAACUCGACUUGUGGAAUAUUGUUUCAACGAAACGACUGAUAAAGGAGAGCAGACCGAUCCUCUAAGAUCACUUGUCUGCUUGUAUGCUGCAUGUAAAGUAGAAGAAUUAUGGAAGGUCGCUGAGUUUCAAGAUCUUAUGAGAACAUUGCCUGAGUUUCCCACAGGCCUCAUUACGGCCAUGCUGGAUCGGCUGGAUUAG